ACAUUCACUUAGUCUGCAAACAUGAAGGCCGCCGUUCAAAUAUUUUUCUUGCCGCUGUUUUUUGGCAUACCCGCAGUGCUCCAUUCGUACGAGGCCUUUCCAGGAAAGGAGGACUACUUUGCCAGCGUGGCCUGCCCUGCUUUUUUACUCUUCAACAAUGUGGCUUUCCUUUCAGACGUGACCGUUGUAUUGUCCUGCCUCUGUAAACCCGUGGAAGCCCAGUCAGUGGUUUGGUACUUCCAGAAGGAACUUGACUUUAAGAACACCAGAGCCCUGUCCGAUUUUAACGGCACGUCGGUGGUAGACACGUCUCGGGUGAGGUGUUCGGAAGGACUCGAGAGCCGCUUUUCUAUCCGCCUCUUCAGUCUCCACAUCUACCGAGCCCAGGAAGCUGACUCUGGAUACUAUAUCUGUGGUUCGACCUCGGGGCAGUACUUCUACGCCUAUUACGUGGAUAUCCAGGAGCCCUGCUUCAUCUCGUUCCCGCAGCACUCGAUGGCCCUCAACUGCAGUCCGAGGCAGAGGGGAGCGACCGAAACGUCCGCGUUCUACAGAGUGUUCACCAACUACUCCGAGUGGACGGUAUGCGAUCGCUGCGGUGUCCCAGGAGAGCAGAUGCGCACGGGGCUGUGCUAUCUGUCAAGCCCCUAUCUGCAUGUCCGCUACAAGUCCAUGUCGGAGGGGGUCAACUCCUGCGGGUCGCCUGCGGUGCCUGAAAGGUUCCAGCUGGCUGUUAGGGAGAGGGGGGCUGAGCUAGAAGUGCGAGAUUGUGAAAUUCCAUGCUCCGCACAACCCAUACCUCCGCAGGAGUUGAGCUCUGUCCUGGUGCUCCUGGCGUCCGGCAAGAAAGCAGGUCAGGUUCCUGUCUAUUAUCAGAACUAUCCGAGUGGUUCCCAUGUCAUCCUGACCUGCCCUGGGGCGAAACCUGAGCAUGCAGUGGCUUGGGACUGGGGUCAGGUCGGUCUGUACCGCUCACGGUAUAUGGAGGGGGUUGACAAGAGCAUGAGAGUGUACAUCGAUGCUGGCAACCAUCUACAUUUUGACCCUGUGCACCUUGAGGACAAGGGCUCUUAUUACUGCUGGCUGCAGGGGAAGGUGGCAGCUGAGAUAAAGCUGGGUGUGCAUUUGCACCUGGCCCUCAGGCGGCGACUCUUUGACCUCGAUUCCCGUUAUGCCUUAAGAGCUAUUUUUAUAGCCUACACGGUAUUCACUUGUGUUUUUCUUGUGAUUUUGCUGGCAAAGUUUGUUUGGAGAUUUUACAGAUUUCAUCAUUAAAAUAUGAACAUCUGUAAAUGUCAUAGAAUUGUCACGCCCACACCCUCGAG